CACAAUUCGUCGGCUUUGAGGCGGCCAUUAGCCUUGUCGCCGAAAAAUACCUAGGUAGUAGGCGAUCUUGAUAUUACAGGGCAUCCGCACUACCUGUGUCAGCCCGCGGACCCCGCUAGGACCGCCUAGAACCCGGAAUUUCAGGCGGGUACUUAACUCCGCUAAUACACUGAAUCGGAUAGUUACGGGCUCGGAGGCAUAUAUAAGUUCCGUCGAAUAACCCACCGAUACAGCGCCUGUUAAAUGGUAUAUGCACUUCGCUCGAUUUGCAAUUCAUAUAGUUGGUUAAUUGUACGACUUGGAAUAAAAUUCGCUAUCGGUUUCGUUCUGUGUCGGAGGGUGACGGAGCAAUGGCGGGUUUAAAGACAAACUCCACGAUGACCUCAAACAGUGACGCUCUAUGACACAAGAGGCGAUUCGUGAAAGCUUGCCAUGGCAUAAAUGUCCCUUAGCGAUGCUAAAAUGACUAGAAAUGACAACAUAUAUCAAUGGUAUCACUUCUCCUCAAGUGAUGUUGAAGAAUGUCGUAUGCCUCAAUAUUUGAACGUAUUCCGAUCCUAAAUAUUCAAAGAUAAUAUAUUUCAUUAUGAGCACAAGAAACCUAGCUCCCACCAGUAUUGGCGGAAAAGCCAUUGGCCCUGUCGGGUUUGGCAUGUUGGGUUUGACGAAACCAUGGGCCCCCGUCGAAUAUCCUGCUGCUGUGAAGGUCAUGAAGACAGCGCUAGAACGGGGCGCUAAUUUUUGGAACGGUGGCAUGCACUAUGGUACACCUGAAGCGAAUUCGCUGCAUCUCCUAAAAUACUACUUCGACCAGUACCCUGAGGAUGCCAGCAAAGUAGUUCUCAGCAUUAAAGGCGCCUUCGAUUUCCAUACCGGUCCUAAUGCUAGCCCUGAGGGCAUCCGUGCGUCUGUCGAUGAAGCUCUCAAAGUACUAGGCGGCACUAAGACAAUCGAUGUCUUUGAAUGCGCGCGUGUCGACCCUAACGUCCCUAUCGAGACAUCCAUCAAAACACUGGCCAAAUUGGUUAAGGAGGGAAAAAUUGGUGGGAUUGGACUCAGUGAAGUUAGCGCUAACACAAUUCGCAAAGCUCAUGCCGUGCAUCCCAUCUCAGCUGUCGAGAUAGAGCUUAGUCUGUUCACACCUGACCCCCUACACAAUGGAAUCGCCGAUACAUGCCAUGAACUUGGAAUCGCCAUCGUGGCAUACAGUCCCAUCAGUCGCGGCUGGUUGACGGGCCAAUUGCGCAAAUUCGAAGAUCUUCCGAAGGAUGACUUUCGACACAGGCUACCGCGCUUCCAGCCCGAUGUUUUCGAUCAAAACUUUAAGCUCGUUGAGGCUGUUGAGCAAAUCGCUAAGCGCAAAGGUGUGACAACUGCGCAGGUAGCUAUUGGUUGGGUGUGUCAUCAAGGCGCUAUCCCCAUCCCCGGUUCCACCAAAGUCGAGCGUGUUAUUGAGAACACCAAGGCAGCGUCGCUAACUGGUGAGGAAAUUGCUGAAAUUCAGAAAAUCCUUGACACCUUGCCUAUCAGUGGGCAGCGCUAUGGUGGUGCGCAGGAGAAGCUCCUUAACGCGUAGAUGCUGUUCGCUACAUUGUUUUUGUAGAAGCAGCUCUGUCGAUAUUCCGAAUGCUAGGUGUAUUUUUUAGUGGUGCUUCGGUAAAAAGAUCGCUGUGAGGACCUAGCUUUGAUCAAUAUAAAUGAUCGUCAGCCCCUAUUCCACGCAAUUAAUUCCUUUUCCCUUUCUUCCCCGCAGCGUCUUGAAUCUCUCCACCCGAAUUUCCAUCUUGAUUUCAGACUUUGCCGGCACUCGGUGUCUAACAGUAACUUUCUUUUCUUUGCUUAUUUGUUGGGUUUAUUAAUCGUAUUAGUAAAUGCCUAGGCACGCUCUUUGUUAUGUCCUCCAACACCGAAGGCCGAAUGAGAAUCCUACAUUAACAUACGCAUCCGCCAUUCGGAUUAAUCGCAUCAU